UUUUUUGAAAAGACAAAACUCCUUAUAAUCAACGUAAUUAUUAAUAACAAGGAGAAAAAAAGUCCAAAGAAAAAAAAAAGAAAGCUUUUUGGGAACAUAAACACCAUCGAAGGAGGGUGGGAGGUGUUUUAUGUUCAUGGGUGGAGCUUCUUGGCCAACCUGACCCCAUUCAUCAUAUCAUUACCCACUUUCUUCUCCUAAAUUAUUCUCUCUUAUCUCUCUCUCUCUCUUUUUAUUUUCUUUCUUUCUUAAUUCAUCUAAACUCUCUCUGCUUUUGCUUUUCGUAAUUCCUUACAUUUCACUCAAUAUUAAUCCCCAGAAUCUCCGAUCCACCCACAAAUUUAGCAAUUUUCUGAGAUUUGAUCAUUUGGGUCACCAAAAAAUCUUGUCUUUUUGAUCUGGGUUUAACGCCAAUAACAUAUGGGAAACAUUAGCAGCAGCGGUGGUGAAGGUAGACGCCGUCGACGGCGAAACCAUACGGCGGCUCCACCACCACCUCCUCCUCCUCCUUCUUCUUCUCUUCCUCCACCACCUCUACCUACAGAAAUCCAAGCUAAUCCCAUCGUUUUCGCUGCCGUUACUCCCUAUCCUAAUCCUAAUCCUAAUCCGGUUUACCAGUACCCUGCUUCUUACUACCACCAUCCUCCCCCGGGAGCCAUGCCUCUUCCGCCGUACGACCACCACCUCCAACAUCAUCCACCGCAUCCUUACCACAACCACUCUUGGGCUCCCGUGGCGAUGGCCAGAUACCCUUAUGCUGGUCACAUGAUGGCUCAACCGACUCCUUACGUUGAACACCAGAAAGCCGUCACGAUUCGUAACGACGUUAAUCUCAAGAAGGAGUCUCUUAGGCUUGAACCCGACCCGGAUAAUCCGGGUCGCUUUCUCGUCUCCUUUACGUUUGAUGCAACCGUCUCCGGAAGGAUUAGUGUCAUUUUCUUUGCUAAAGAAUCCGAAGAUUGCAAACUCACAGCGACAAAGGAAGAUAUACUGCCACCUAUCACUCUAGAUUUCGAGAAAGGACUUGGUCAGAAGUUUAAACAAUCAUCUGGUUCUGGUAUAGACUUUUCGGUCUUUGAGGACGUUGAGCUGUUCAAAGCGGCCGCAGACACAGAGAUCUAUCCAUUAGCGGUUAAGGCAGAAGCAGCUCCCUCAGGUGGUGAGAAUGAAGAAGAAGAAAGGUCGGGGUCGAAGAAUGCGCAGAUUACUCAAGCGGUUUAUGAGAAGGAUAAAGGAGAGAUUAAGAUUAGAGUGGUGAAGCAGAUACUAUGGGUUAAUGGAACGAGAUAUGAGUUGCAGGAGAUUUAUGGGAUUGGGAAUACAGUUGAGGGGGAUGAUGAUUCAGCUGAUGAUGCUAAUGAUCCUGGUAAAGAAUGUGUUAUAUGUUUGUCUGAACCACGAGACACCACUGUUCUUCCAUGUCGACAUAUGUGUAUGUGUAGCGGAUGUGCUAAGGUAUUGAGGUUUCAGACAAAUCGAUGCCCCAUUUGCAGGCAACCUGUUGAAAGGCUUUUGGAGAUAAAAGUUCACGGUAACAACGGAAGCGGGAAUAACACCGGACAGGGAGAAACAGUUGAACAAGAGUAGCUAAACACGGCCGAGUAUGGAUUGAAAUGCCAUCGAAAUAUUAGUAGUAUAUGCAUGUUUGAUCCUUGUAUGUUAACAACAAAAUGUGUGAUUGUCAAUUCAUAAUAUAGAGAUUACGAAAUCAUUUGGAGUCAUAAUGACACAAUACUUGAAACAUUCUUCAUUAGAUACAACAACAAAGUAGGCAGUUUCUUACUUAGCUAGUUGCUCAACCGGAAGUUGC